GUAGGGUAAUUCAAAAGGUAACAAAAGACGGCUAUCUUUCAAACAUGCUGAUAUGUUGAUCCAAAGACGUAAAUUAUAUGAUACACCGAGACUGUGCUCUCUUACGAUAUUUCGGUUCUUUGCGAAGCGGACCAUAUGACUCUGCAGAUUGGAUCCAAUGAAGAUUGUUUUUCAGUGUUGCGUUUCGCCGGACCUUCUUUUGCAGACAUGAGGACUAUUUCACUUCGUAAGUGUCUUAUUGCGGGUUGUUUUGUUUUAGUUUUAGUGAUUUUCCGGAUGUCAUUACUAGAUUCUCUCAACUCUUGGCGUGCUAUUGCCAUGUCCAUGGAUAUCUCCAAGGGAGAUUCAGUCAGUAGGGAAAUGUUUGAGCAAAUGUAUCAAUUAUAUGAUAUCCGAGAUGUGGAUUGUGCCGGUUUAUUCUCUCAGAAAAACGGCAGUCUGGACAACGCUUUGUCCAAAUCGAAAAGCGCGGAAUGGAAAGGAUUUCGUUUCCACGAAGAUUUCUACUUGAAGAAGACAAAACAUUGUGGAAAUUUUCAAAGAGAACGGGGGUACAUAAUGACUUCGCUGACGAAAUUGGAAGACGAAUUCCCUCUUGCCUAUAGUCUUGUUGUCUUCAAAGAUAUAGAGAUGGUGGAGAGACUCUUACGAGCUGUGUACAGACCACAGAACGUGUAUUGUAUCCAUGUCGAUGUCAAAGCGAAGACAGAGUUUUUCGAAGCUAUGACAUCCAUAGCGUCCUGUUUUCCCAACGUGUAUAUGUCGCCAACGAGGAUCAGCGUCGUGUGGGGGAAGUUUUCAGUUCUAGAGCCGGAGCUUGUGUGUAUGGAGGAGCUCAUGAAAAGGUCAUCGAGGUGGAAAUAUUUCAUUAACCUUACAGGCCAGGAAUUCCCACUGAAGACGAACCGGGAACUGGUGGAGAUUCUGACGUCCUUUAAAGGUGCCAACGACGUAGAGGGUGUUCGAAGAGAAGCCAACAAAGUCCGUUUCAUCAACAAGCCGUCCGAUCUGGACGUGGUACCCACCAAGGGAGCUGUGCACGUUGUGGUCAACAGAGAGUUUGUGGACUAUGUCCUUCACGACCCUGUGUCCAAGAAACUUCAGGAUUGGCUGAGGACUGUCGACGUGCCAGACGAGACUCUGUUCUCUACACUGAACCACAACCCACAGCUGGGGAUCAGGGGCAGCUUCAUUGGCCUGGAUGACGUAGAGAGGAUGAUGCCGAGAAAGCCGUGGGUCAAUCGUUACAAGUCCUGGCUAGGGGCGCCAUGUGCUGGAAGGAGGAUCAGAACUGUCUGCAUCUUGUCUACAG